AUGCAACUGCAACAUUAUUCGAUUCGUCUACUUUUUGUGAUCCUAACAUGUUUAUCUAUCAGUAUUCAUCAGUCUCUUGGAGUUGAAAUGAUCUCAGUAAAUCACUCUGUUUCUGGAAAUCAAAGUAUCGUCUCUUCAGGCGAAAACUUUGAAUUAGGAUUCUUUAAACCUGGUAGUUCGAAAAAUUACUAUCUUGGUAUAUGGUAUAAGAAUGUAAUUACACAAACAAUAGUAUGGGUAGCAAACAGGGAGAAGCCACUUUCUGCUACUGAUAUGAAUUCUGUUGAGUUGAAAGUUUUGGAUGGUAAUUUAGUGCUUAUGACUGAAUCCAAAAACUUGUUUUGGUCAACAAAUAUCAGCAACACAAUUAGUUCAAAUACACUAAUGGCAAUUCUUUCUGAUGAUGGUAAUUUGAUUUUGAGUGAUGGAUCAAAUUCAACUACACCACUUUGGCAAAGCUUUGAUAACCCGACUGAUACAUGGUUACCGAAUGCUAAGGUGAAGUAUGACAAGCGUACGAAUACAACAAAGAUACUUACUUUUUGGAAGAACUCAGAGGAUCCUUCUCCGGGGAUUUUUUCCGUGGAGAUGGAUCAGAGUAAUAAGCAGUUCUUGAUAAAGUGGAACAGGACUGAGCUGUACUCAGCUUCUGGAUCUUGGAAUGGGCGUAUUCUCAGCUUGAUGCCUGAGAUGAGUUUGAAUUCUGAUAGAUACAGCUUUACAUAUGUUGAUAAUGAAAAUGAGAGCUAUUUUAUGUAUUCCCUUCGUAACUCUUCCAAAAUUAGAUUAACACUAGAUGUCUCUGGGCAAAUCAGGCAUCUGAUUUGGGCGGAAAAUUUAAUGGAAUGGCAAAUUUUUACAUCUCAACCAAGACAACCGUGUGAGGUGUAUGCUAGUUGUGGUGCCUUUAGCAUUUGCAAUAAGGAGUCCACGACCUUCUGUAAUUGCUUGACUGGUUUCACACCUAAAUCCAAUACAGAAUGGGACUUGAAUGAUCAUUCCGGUGGCUGUGUAAGGAAGGAAAGCUUGCAGUGUGGUGAUGGUAAAAAGGGCAGGUUUUUGAUGAAUCCCAACGUGACAUUGCCCGAAUAUUCCAUAUCUGUUCCGGCUGCUAGUGCUGAGGAAUGCCAUUCUACUUGCUUGAGUAACUGUUCCUCAUGUAAUGCAUAUGCUUAUGAUAAUAAUGUGUGUUCAAUUUGGAAUGAAGUUGUGAAUCUGAAGCAACUCUCACCAGGAGAUGGUAGUGGAAGUGUGAUUUAUACCAGACUUGCUGUCUCUGACGAAGCAUACGGUGAAGAUGCAAAAUCAGGGAGAUUUUCCCUGAAGCUUAAAGUUAUCAUAUCUGGCGUGGUAGCCGUUGCAAUUCUACUUCUAUGUAGCUUUAGCUACAUUUAUUGUAGUAGAAUGAUGGCGAAGAAAACAGCAAGCCAACAAAGCACAGGAGGCAAUCCAGUGCCACAUUGGUUCAACAGAGAAAAAGAAGCACAAAACCUGAUUAACGAAAAUGAUAAGCAAAACAUCGCCGUUCCAUUCUUUUGUUUGGAAAACAUAUUAGCAGCCACAGAUCAUUUCUCAGAUGUAAAUAAACUUGGACAAGGAGGUUUUGGUCCUGUUUAUAAGGGUAUAUUUUCAGAUGGACAAGAAAUUGCUGUGAAAAGGCUAUCAACCCAAUCUAGACAGGGCAUUGAAGAAUUCAGGAACGAAGUCAUACUGAUCUCGAAACUUCAACAUAGAAAUCUAGUCAGACUUUUAGGCUACUGUAUCACAGGGUAUGAACAGAUUCUACUUUACGAGUAUAUGUCAAACAAAAGUCUAGACACCUUCAUAUUCGAUCCAACAUUUAGCAAGUCAUUGAAGUGGAAAAAACGAUUUGAGAUCAUAUUAGGAAUUUCUCGAGGGCUUCUCUAUCUUCAUGAAGACUCAAGGCACAGAAUUAUUCAUAGAGAUCUGAAAACAAGUAACAUUCUUUUGGAUCAACAAAUGAACCCCAGAAUAUCAGACUUUGGCUUGGCAAGGAUAGUUGAAGAACAAACAACAGAAACAAAUACCAAAAAAGUUGUUGGAACUUACGGAUAUAUGUCUCCUGAAUAUGCAUUGGAAGGUGUAUUUUCGAUUAAGUCAGACGUAUUCAGCUUAGGAGUAGUUAUACUGGAGAUAGUAACCGGAAGGAGAAACACAGGAUUUUAUCAAUCUAAAGAAGCAUCUAACCUUUUGGUCCAUGCAUGGAAUUACUGGAAAGAAAAAAGAGCACUACAUUUGCUGGAUCAUUCAUUGCUCGAAUCAUGCGACCCGAAAGAAGCAAUGACGUGCAUAAACGUUGGGCUCUUAUGUGUGCAAGAAGAUCCAGGUGAUCGUCCUUCCAUGUCAAAUGUUGUAAUGAUGCUUCGUAGUGAUAGUACGUCUCUUCCAAAGCCUAAUCAACCUGCUUUUGUGUCAAGGAGAAAUGUUUCUAAUUCAACUUCUGUUUCAUCUGGUACACCACCUAGCUUCACCAAAAUUGAGUUGANUGGAAGGAGUAUUCUCGAUUAA